UUGAUAACAGCUUCAAUUAUAUCAUAUAUAUGUAUGAUUAUACAUCUUAGAAGUAAAGUAUAUUGAGCCAUAUAUCAAUAUUAAAUGUUUAGGUGUAAGUUAGAAUUUUAAUCUCCAAGCCGAUAAAUAUUUUCUUAUGACCGGUAUGACGGUUCCAGUUUGUUCGAUGAACAGUACAGGUGAUAUUUAUCUAUUAAAUCAGGAUUUGAUUAAUGCAGCAAAUAUUGCUAUAUCUUUAAAUACUCAAUUAAAUUCAAUGUAUUAUACAACAUUAAACAUGACAGAAUUAAAAGAUUUUCAAUCAAAUAAUUUACCAUUAUUAGAACAAUACAUUAAUGUACAUGGUACUACACAUAUGUCUUAUUGUUCACGUGUGACAAGUUUUAAAUCCAAUUUUUAUUUACGUAAUAUUUUACAAACUUAUGUACAACCCUUUGUAAUAUUCUUUACAAUUAUAACAAAUUGUUUAAUAUCAAUUGUAUUAAAUUAUCCAACAAUGCGUAAUUCAACCAAUAUUAUAUUAUUAGGUAUAGCUAUAUGUGAUUUAUUAACUGUAUUAUUACCAUUACCUGUAUAUUUAUGCUUUUUAACAAGUAAUAUAUUUUCUGAAAAUUUAACAAUAUUUAAAGGAUAUAGUGUAACUUAUUUAACUACAAUAUUACCAACUGUAUGUCAUACAUCAUCAAUAUGGUUAACAGUAUUAUUAGCAUUACAACGAUUUAUUUAUGUACAAUUUCCAUUAAAAGCAAAUCAGAUUUGUUUAUGUCAAUGGAGAUCAGUUCAAUUAUUAAUUAUUUUAACUGUAUUCGCUGGUUUAUUAUUACAAUUACCGCAUAUGAUUGUAAUGCAUUUUAUUAAUGCAUUAGAAUAUUGUUUUUUAUCAUCGACAUCCUCAUCCUUACCACCACCACCAUCAUCAUCAUCAUUAUCAUCUUCACCAUCAUCAUUAUCAAUAUCAAAUUAUUUAUUUGAUUCACAAUUUAUUUCAUAUUUAUUUAAUACUACUGAUAAAAUAAAUCAUUAUAAUUAUAUAAGAUUUCAUAAAAUUAAUUUAAUGAAAUGUACACCAAUGAGUCAAACAAUAUUUUUUACAUUAUUAUUAAUACGUGUAUUAAUUGUUAAUUUAAUACCAUGUAUUAUGUUAACUAUAUUAACUGGUUUAUUAAUUAUGGCAUUAAGACGUUUUAUACAAAAUAGACAAAAAUUAUUAAAAAUCAAUAAUAAUAAUAAUAAUAAUAAUAAUAAUAAUGAUAAUAAUAAUAAAUCAAUAACAUUUUAUAAAAAUAAUAUAAACUCAUAUAUAAUCAAUAAAAAAUAUAAUGAAAUAAAUCAAUUAGAAAAAUCUGAUCAAUCUAAUCAAAAUGAAAUCAAUUUAUUGAAUAAUCAAUUAAAAUCAAUAAAAAAUAAUAAAAAUUUAAAAAAAAAAUCAUUACGUCAUAAUUUAACUGAUACUGAUUCUACAUCAAAAAUGAUGCUUGUUAUAUUGGGAAUAUUUUUAUUUACAGAAAUACCAACAACAAUAUGUUUAUGUAUUUAUGCAUUUAUAACAUUAUUAGAUAUUUAUCCACCAUCAGCAUUUUAUCAAAUUGUUGAAAUCUGUAACUUUCUGGUGAUAUUAUCUUAUCCAGCAAAUUUUUUUGUAUAUUUGGCUAUGUCAAGACAAUUUAAAAAUACCUUCUGGAAAAUAUUCUAUCAAUUACGUCGUAAUAGUAAUAAUAAUAAUAAUCGUACUACUAUUGAACGAUAAAAUUAUAAAUAUCAAUGUCAGCUCAUUUGAAUAUGGAACUCAUUAUUGUUCAUUUUAAAUUGAAUGAAAAGAUGUUUGUUUUGUUUUCUUGCCAUUAUUAACAGUAAAUGAAUAAAACAUUUUUACAUACUCUUGUUUAUCUCUUCAUCAGAACAUAAUAUUCAACAUAUAGUUCAAAUGAAUUAUUAUUAUUAUUAUUAUUAUUAAUCUUCCUCCUAAUUUCAUUUGUAUACAUUGAAUAAAGCUAUUUGUAUUGA